CCCUGGUCAUAUUUAGUAAUUUUUUAUACAAUUUGUACACAGUACACAUAAAGGCAUUGAAGACAGGAAAAAUUGAGUAAUAGUUUAGCAAAAAGCCGAAUGGAAUAUCCAACAUGUGAUUUGAACGGUCUUGGAAGCAUUAUAUUUAUGCAAAAUUGAUUUGAUAGCAACACUAGUCUCUCCAGAACUCCCAUAUCAGUUUAGAUAAGAGAAUGUUCGUUCCUUCUGAAUCGCAAAAAAAGUCCUUUUUGGAGCACACCAAAGCUGCGAGAGAGGAGCGUGCAUUGGAGAAACGUCGUGAAGGGGCAGCUGUGCGAAUACAGGCUCAAUGGAAAGGAUAUGUGACUCGUAGGCAGUAUCACAAUCAAAUAAUAUCCGAUUUAGAUAAUUUGAUAGCGGCAGAAGGAAAUGAAAAGGAUGUUGAGCUUAUGCCAGCAAUAACUGUGUAUCCUGUUGUACGCCGGUUCCUCACGUAUUUUCAAAGCAAAAAGCAAGCGCUCGAGGGUGAACAGUCGCGUGAGAGGUUUGAAUGUUUAUGUCGGUAUCUAAAUAAAGCCAUGGAAACCGAUUCUCCAAAAAUGUCAUACGCAGCUUUAUGUUUGCAUAAAGAUAAGAGUUUGCCAUGGCUGGCGCACAUCAAAUCAUUACUCAGUCUGUGCUGUCAAAUGUUGCAGGACCUUAAGCCGGAAAAUCAUACAGAUAGUAUUUCUUUGGCACUCUACUUGCACACUUUGGUGGUUUUUACAUCGCCAAAAUCGUGGGGCAUUCUUCGAAGUAAGCAAUUCGAAAAAUUACAACCCGCUUUACAGAAAAUAUGCUGCAAUAUUCAGGGUAAAUUAGUACAAAAUGGAUUUUUCAAAACAAUGCGUUCGAUUAUAUUAAAAGGCACAGCACGCGAAGACCUUUCCAUUAAACCUGUAUCGAUCAAAGCUAUAAUGACUCUGGCUACACGCCCUCUAAUUGAUGGCGAUUUCAGUCGCAAUUUACUCGCUAAAUUUUUGGGUGAAAUCUUAUCUGUUCCGGCACUGGUGUACCAUCUGAAUAUAAUCACUCCGCAAUGCAUAGAACAACUUACAUCAAUGGAGAUACUAAAACGUUUCCUUCAAGCUGCCGAUGACGCGACCUUUUUUUCUGAAUUUACAAACAGCAUGCCAGGAACUAAAUUGCUAGCAUUUUUGGCGAACGUUGUCAAUCUAUUUACAAUUGAAAGUCCUCUAGAAGCAAAAGAGCUCGCGUAUCCCCUUUUUACGAAUGCAACUACAGUGCUUCUGGAAAAUAUACCCAACACAGUAUCUAGUAAAGGAGUAUUCACGCAAUGGCAUGAACUUCUUGGCUGGCAUACUCCCUCGUUGGAUCCGGCACAAAAUCAAAAUGUAGCUUUGAUCAAAAAACAGUUUCAUUUGCUAUGGGGUCAUCGAUGCAUCAAGGUCUUGUUAGUAGACUUACUUCGAAACAUUAAUGCGACCUACGAACGAAUAGAAUUUCAACCACCGGCACAUGCAUCUACUAGCAACUUAAUCCGACGAGCAUUGGAUCGCGGCUCAACACGAGGAAACUUCACAAGAGGCAGCAGAACAUGGCGUCGGCUGGAUGGCAAUGAAGUCGAACAAGUGUCGCGCGUCUGUGCAAUGUUUUAUGCUGCGCUAAAUACGCUUUCACAACUAAGGCUAGAUAUAUUAACAG